UUUGGAUUACAAAGAGAGUUCUGGAUAUUUGGGGCCUUUUGCUUCAGCUGAUAAGGGGGGAAAGUUGAAGACUGACCUACCGCUUCAUUUGAAAGGGGAGAAAUAUCAAACACUGACCUGGAAUUGUUUGUCCAAGUACUUCCUCCUGAAAACUCUUCUGAAACAAUUAAUAGACAACUGAGAAGUGAAUUUGAAGUUUGAAGACUUGAGCUUUCUCAAGAAAAGAAGUGCAGAACGGCUCACCCUUGGACACUUUUGUGCACAUGACAUGGAUACAUGGCUAAAUCUAUCAAGUUCUGAAUACUUCUGCUGUCAAAGUCAAGUGCUUUUUUGCCUUUAGUUAGUUUUCUCUUCCAAGUCAAGUUCUGUUUGAGUCAUAGGCAUAGCUAGUUUUGUUAACUGCCUCCAGGUUAAAAGCAGCCUGAGUCACUGAGACGUGGUUGAGAAGUUUCAUGGCAGAUAUUUUUACUCUUACUUUAUUUCUUAGAUUUUCUGACAUAGCCUUUUCUCAUUUUACAAUGAAACCUGUUUUCUAAAUGAAGAGUCUAAUAGAAAAUUGUUUAUCAUUCUUUCUUUUAUAUUUUAUUUAAUAUUUUUGUUGAAAAAUGUUGCUACCAGUAAGCAACAUGGUGGUAUCCAGAUAGCUGUUGUUUACAGAUGCCUCUGUUAUCUGAAGCUAGGCAAUGUUCCUCAGUUCAGAUGUGAAAUUUGGAUUUUCAGCUUUACUAUUUGUGGCGUAAAAAGUAUAUUUAUUUCACCUGGAGUUGAUGCUUCUUAUAGUGAUAUUUACAUGGAAUAAAGAAGAGAAGAAACUUUGAGAGAAGAAAGAAGCUUAAGUCAGAGACUUGGCAAUUUUGGAGAUAGCUUUGUGGAAUCUAUAAGCAGGAAGGAUGGGUAGCUGAUUCUGUGAGGGGAAAUCUAUGUCAAGCAGCUACGGAUGUAGUAUCAGCAAGAACUUGGGAUAUUAUCUCAAGGAAAACAAACUGGAAAAAUAUAAAUCACAGAGAACUAACACCUUGUGCAGGCUUCUUGGAUUAGGUUUGCUUUCAGCUGAAUUGCUACUUCCUCAAAGAAAAUUAAGAUGGACAGAACAACUUAAUUCAAAAGGACUUGCCAUGAGGUGCUGAAGCCUUGUUUCACUGAUUCGGAGAGACUGGACCUAAAUGGCGCAGCAUGACUUUGCUCCAGCCUGGCUUAAUUUUCCUACUCCGCCAUCAUCAACAAAGUCAUCACUGAACUUCGAGAAACAUUCUGAAAAUUUUUCGUGGACAGAGAGUCGUUAUGAAGCAAAUCGCAGAAGACACAACUCUUCAGAUGGGUUUGAUCCUAAUAUUGGAAGGCCUAAUGGAGGGCAUUUUGGGAGAAAAGAGAAAAAUGGUUGGCGUUCACAAGGCAGAAAUGGUACAGAAAAUAUAAACCAUCGUGGGGGAUAUCAUGGCGGAGGUUCCCGCACUCGUACCAGCACUUUCCACUGUGGAAAAAGCCAAGGACUGCAUGAAAAUAAUGUACCUGAAAAUGAAACUGGGAAAAAGGAAGACAAGGAAGAACCCAAACAGUUUGAGGCUGAGGAUUUUCCAUCACUGAAUCCUGAAUAUGAGAGAGAACCAAACCAGAAUAAAUCUUUAGCUGCAGGUGUGUGGGAGUAUCCUUUGAAUCCUAAGUCUAGAUCUCCAAGAAUGCUGGUCAUUAAAAAGGGCAGUACUAAAGAACUUCAGAUAUCUGGAUUCCCUGUAGUAGGAAGUCUUCAUUCACAGUCAGUCAAGAAUGGAACUGGCACAAGUGUUUAUAAAGGAUUAGUCCCUAAACCAGCCACUCCACCUGCAAAACCGACACAGUGGAAAAGCCAAACAAAAGAAAAUAAACUUGGGAAUCCAUUUCCUCAUGAAUCUGCAUAUAAUAUUGGCAAUUUCAGUGCUUUCAAAUCAACUGCCAAGGCAUUUAGCGUAUCACAGAAUUCAGUGAAAGAGUGUAAUCGGUCAAAUUCUUCAUCCCCUGUUGACAAAGUUGGUCAGCCUCGUUUAACAAAAUUGACAAGAAUGCGGACUGAUAAGAAGAGUGAAUUUUUGAAAGCAUUGAAACGAGAUAGAGUGGAAGAGGAACAUGAAGACGAGAAUCAUGCUGGGCAAGAGAAGGAUGAUGACUCCUUUAACUUACAUAACAGCAACAGUCCUCAUCAUGAGAGAGAUAUAAACCGAAAUUUUGAAAAUGAAAUUCCGCAAGAGAAUGGAAAUGAUUCAAUUACAUCUCAACAGAUCAUUCGAUCUUCAACUUUCCCUCAGGCGGAUGUUCUUUCAAGCUCACUUGAGGCAGAACAUAGGUUGUUAAAGGAGAUGGGUUGGCAGGAAGACAGUGAAAAUGAUGAAACAUGUGCUCCACUGACAGAGGAUGAGAUGAGGGAAUUCAAAGUCAUUAGUGAACAGUUACAAAAAAAUGGCCUUCGGAAAAAUGGCAUAUUGAAAAAUGGCCUCAUCUGUGACUUUAAAUUUAGCCCCUGGAAAAACAGCACUUUCAAACCCGCUCUGGAGAACGAGGAUUCGGAGACGAGCAGCAGCGAUACAUCAGAUGAUGAUGAUGUGUGAAGAUUUCUCUAACAUCAGUAGAAGCUUGUUUUGAUCUCAUGAAAAUUUUGGGGGUGUAUUGUCCAAAAAAAAAAAAAAAUCUAAUUUAUGUAGUAACAUACCCCAUUAGAGGAAGAAUGAUGGGACUUCUCUCUGAAGAAAGCAAGGAAUGUUGUGUUGGGUGUGUUGAACAUUACUAUAAUUUCUUUGUAAACGAAUGUUGUAGAAUGAGGACUUGGGUUGACCCAGCAUUGACUUUCUUCAUCACUGCAGCAUUUCUGACUAGCAAUGUGACAAUGUAACAAAUCAGACUUUCUCAUUUAAUAAUAAAAACAAAAAGAAUUGUGUAAUGUCUUGCAAAGCUUCUGUCUUAAAAAUGUCCAAGUCUAUGAGGGAAAAAAGGGGCAGCUUGACACAGUGUUUUGUUUGCCAAGUCAUUUCUUUCUUACAAUGGAAAUCCUCAAGUCCACUUUGUACGCAGCAAGGGCAAUGUAGCAUGCUGGCUAAAACGAGCAAAGUGCACUAAAACUCCUUUCCUUAAUUGAGCUGUUGUACUGUUCUACUUCUUCCACACAUAAUUGCUCUUUAGCCAUUUGUAGUGUAGUCAUUGUUACGGCAAAAAAACCCUAAUGUUACAGUUCCAAAUUUUUAGAACUAACCUUUAAUUUGAAAGCUUUAUGGGGUACUGCAAGACCCAGUGUUCUCACAGUGAACAUAUUUGUGUGGGAAAAUAAGCACUUUGAUAAAUUAUUCACAUGCAGAAAAAUAAUUACACUGACUGGAUUUGUCCGCUACAUGGGAAAUAAACUGAUUUACAGAGU